CAGUGUUCUUUCUGGAAAGUGAGAGAGACAGUCUCCUUGCAUCUCAGAGAACAUAGAGACCAUGUAUAUCCAUGGUUGUGAUGCUAUUAUAAUUUGAAAUUUCUUACUUUAAAAUUUUGAGACAUACACACAGAGUUGGUUGUGAUACAUAGAUGUACACUUUAAAGACUAUGAAGGAGAGCAUGAAGACCCAUGUCACCAUCACCUGGGUUAGAGAAGAGAUUAUUUUCAGGCUUGUACCUCAGGGGCCCCUGUGAGCCCCUCUGAUCACAUCUCUGACCUGCCCCCAGUACCUCGGUGGUAACCACUGUCAAGUGAUCUGUGGUAGUCAGGCCUUUGCUUCUUUGUAGUUUUACUAUCCAGGUCUAUAUCCCUAAAUAAAUAGUAGUUAUUUUGUUUUCCUUGAUUUUGAACUUUUUUGUAGUGGAAGCAAGAGUAUAUUUUAGGGGGUGUUUGGCUUCUUUUAUUUGAUAGUUGUUUGUAGGAUUCAUUCAUGUUGCUGUGAGGCUGUAGUUUAUGUUAAUUUGUGUAGUUCAGUUUUAUUAGCAUCUAUCAUAGGACAGUAUCAUAAUAUACUAAUAUACUCUUGAUAGAUAUUUGAAUUGGUUUCAGUCUUUUAUUAAUAAGGCUGCUGUUGGAUUUUUAUAUGUGAUUUCUAGUGCAAAUAAACACAUUUUUUAGAAUAUAUACCUAGAAGUGGAAAUGCUGACUCUCAGUAGGUGGGUCUUCAACCUUACAUAUAAUGUAUUCCAGAGUGGUUAUGCACACUGCCACCAGGUGUAAGUAAAAGUUCUUGUUAUCCCAGUCCUCUCCAAUAUCUGAUACUGUCACACUUUUGCAUUUUAGCUAGCUUAUUAUAUAGUUUUCUCUAUCUUAACAUGAUUAUUAAUGACAUUGAACACCUUUUUAUAUGUUUAUUAGUCUUUCAGUUCAGUUCAGUUCAGUCGCUCAGUCGUGUCCGACUCUUUGCGACCCCAUGAAUCGCAGCACGCCAGGCCUCCCUGUCCAUCACCAACUCCCAGAGUUAGGUUUUGUCUAUUCAAAUCUUUUUCUUACUAAUUCAUUGGAAUUUUUAACAUACUAUGGACAUAAGCUUUUUGUCGGUUAGAUGCUUUGCAAAUAUCUUUUUUCUACUUUGUCUUUUCAUUCCUAGUUCUUUUGUUAAACAAAAGUUCUUAAUUUCUGUGUCAAAUUUAUCAGGAUUUUCCUUUUAGAUUUAUGCUUUUAUGCCUUGUUUAAAAAAUUCUUCUAUAUCCCAAGAUCAUGAAGAUAUUUCUUGUAUUCUUUUCUAAAAGCAUUAUAGUUAUGUCUUUUACAUUUAUAUCUUUAAUAUAAUACACCUAGGUUUUAUUUUUGUAUAUGGUAUGAGGUGCAAGAAUCUACUUAAAGAGAUUCUUUUUUAUGUAUUUUAUUAGGAUAGACUAAGCUUGUGGUAGUGUAAUAAAAUAACCCCUAAAUCUUAGUGGCUUAAUGAAACCAUCUCUCAUGCAAAAAAUCACUGGUUCUAGGGCAAUUGUUAUUUAUCGACUGCCAUACAAUCUCCCCCUAGUGGCUUCCACUAUCAGAACCUAACAGAAAGCCAGUGAGUAAGGGAAUCGGAGAAAUAAUAGAGUUGCAACUUCUCUGCCUAGAGUGUUCUCUGGAUUUCUCUCACUGGCAGUUCUAUAAUUCUAAUCCUUGUAUCUUCAGUAUUUAGACACUGCUCCUCAAAUCCAUUUUUUUCCCCAGAGGUUUUCUGCUUAGCUUCUUAAUUUUCCAUUGUGCAUGGCUUCAGAAUUUACUAAAUGUCCUAAUGGGUAAACAGGGUGAGUGGCUGACUGAGUUCUGUAUUCCUCCCUCCUGUUAAGUAUUCUAAAAAAUUACAAUCUAAUUUUUUGUCUUUCAGUGCCCUUUGAGACCACCAAGAUCUCUGCUGGUUUCUCUCUUAGCAGUUACCUGUUACUUGGGUUCUUUAUCUGGUUUCCCAGUCUCUUAUCUCAUGUGUAGAAUCAGUAAAUAAUCAAAGAAUAAAAGAAACCAGACUUUUGGCCCACCUACCUGAGAUUCAUCCUUCUCCAGGAUCAUAAAUAGAUGUGUAAAGUUUGAGAGGCUUGGUAACAGAGAACCUAGUGCUUGAGUAGCACAGGAGAAUGAGGUCUCAUUUAAUCAGGAGUUGGCACCACAUUGUUAGAUCUGGGUCUUGAAAAAUAAGUAGGAGUUUUUUUUUGUCUGCUAACCUCAGUUUAAAAUACAUGCACAUGGCUUUAAAAAUAAGAAACAGAAGAGUUUACCAUGAAUAAUGCUUUCCUACUCUAUUCUCUCCUCCUCUAUUCCCUAUUCUUAAGGGAACCUUUUUCAAUUGUCUAAUUUUUCUGACUAUAAUCAUAUAUUUACAAAGAUAUCUCUUGAUUUUUCCAUUUUAGAAAUUUAAGAGAUGAUCAUCUAGCUUUGUUCACUAUCCUCUAUUACAUCUUCCCUCUCCCUUUUGUCACUUGUUAAUUUUUUUUUUUAUAGCCCUUUCUUUGCCUGGUAACACAAACAUCCUUUUUAUUUUGUAAGCUUAAGGUAACAUGUCUGAUAUUUUACUAUGUGAGCUGAAGAUCUAGUGUCUGACCAAGCAAGUGGUCACCACAGUCUAGCCUAGUUAACAUAUAAAAUUAACUUUCACAUGCCCUCCCAACUUCUGUCAUUUAUACUUUGGAUGCUUGUUUUAAUAUCCAGGAUAAGUUGAAUUUAAAAGCUGAAAAACCAAAAACUAUGUAUAUAGCUUAAUUUAAUUGAACUUAUAGUCAUUAUAAUGUUGAUAUAGCUAUAAUAAAAAGGAAUCUGUGCCUUAUUUGUCUAAUAAAAUUCAGAACAAAUUUAUAACAUGUAUUAGUUUGCUAGGGCUGUCAAAAUAUCACAGACUGGAUGGUUUGAAACAAACUUAUUUUCUCACAGUUCCUGGAGGCUAGAAGUCCAAGAUCGAGGUUUCAGGAAGUUUGGUUUCUUCUGAGGCCUUGCUCCUUGGCUUCCAAAUGGCCACUUUCUUACAUGGUCACCCCUGGAUGUGUUGUCUGUGUCCAAGUCUCCUCUUAUAAGGACACCAGUUAUAUUGGGUUAGGGCCCACCCAUAUGACCUAAUUUUAUAUUAAAUAUCUCUUUAAGACCAUAAUUCCAAAUACAGUUGUAUUUCAAGGUACUAAGGGUCAAGAUUUAAAUUUAUGAAUUUUGGGCGAUACAUAAUGCUGCUAGGAAAUCAUAUUAGAUUUGGAACACUAUUUGGAAUAAAAUAAAAUUCUUUUCCUUACUCUCUAUACCAGAUGUAGCCCCUUAUAAGCAAGUGUGUCAGAUUAUUAAGUAUGUUUUCAUUAAGAAUGUUAUAACAAUAGAAAUUUUGAUUUUAUUGAAGAGAUUAGGGAAUAUGACCUAUCUUAUGAAAUUCUUAAUAAAAAAUCUUUGAGGCCAGGGUUAUGUUAAUGGAACCAAUAUUGCAGGGUACACAAGCUAUUAUUUUCCCUCAAAAUGAUUAUGCCAAAUUUUUGCCUUUCUCAGCUCAUAAUUUAACGUUCAAAAAGACUACUUUCAAUGACUUCAAAUAUCUUUCUAGUACUGUACAGAAGAUACAGAUAUAUUGACAGAUACAUAAAAUUCAUUGAGCAGUUACAAAAUUAUGAUCAUUCCUGACUCUUUGUCUGUAGACUCCAUGGACUGUAGCCUGCCAGGCUCCUCUGUCCAUGGGAUUUUCCAGGUAAGGAUACUGGGUCAGGUUGCCAUUUCCUCCUCUAGGGGAUCUUCCUGACCCAGGGAUCUAACCUGUGUCUCCUGCAUUGGCAGGCAGAUUGUUUACCGCUGAGCUAUCUGGGAAGCCCAUCUAAAAACUACAUUAAACACAAAUACUAAUCCUGAGGGGCAUUAAGAUCAAAUUCAAUCAUGGCACUACGCACAAAUUAAAGAUGUUUGUUAAAUGUUAAAAGAUACAACAUCAAUUGACAAAAUACAACAUCCUGAAACCUAAAUACAACAUGCUCAGACAACAUGCUAAAACACUGCAUUGUGGUGCAAAUACAUUACACAUUUUUUUGCAAUUUACCUGUUUGGGAUGAUGUUUUGAACUGAGAAAAAGUUUUUAAAAGAUUGCAUAUUUUGCUUAUAACAAAUGAGAGCAAGUAACUGAAAGUAUGUCUGACUAAUGUUAAACUUAUGAAGAGAGAUGAAUAUACUUCCUGAAUUUGAAAACAAAGAGAUUGGAAAUGUACACAUUAUUGGAUGAGUCUAUUAAUUAUUAUAGGAAAAGUGUUUAUCAAAUAGAAAUUUAAAGAGAUUAUAGAUAUCCUAGAUAUGGACUUAGCAAGUGAAGUGUCUUCAGAUAUUUUGAAUUUUUACUGAAGCAAAGUUAUUUUCUGUGAAUACAUCUGUUAUGUCUGAUAACUCAAAUCCUGUGGCAGUUUCACCUGAAGUAAUUUUAAGCCACAUACAAUAGCAAUGACUUGUAAUAUAAAAUCGGCAUUGUGUUGAAUCAUCUGAAACUGAUUCACGUAUUUUCUUAGUAUAAUCUUAUCCAAACUUGAACGUGGUCUAGGGAAUUUUGUUCUAAAUAGGAGUCACAGUGGCAUCCUACAAAAGAAUAAUCAGUAAACUGAAGCUAAUUUAAGAUUGCACUUGGUCAAGAAAGUUGAUCAAGAGUUUCAGUUUUGAAAUUUUUACUGAAGAGUUUGCUUCCAUUUAAACCAGGAAAAUAGAACAUAUUAAUUUUCAUUUUUGGUAUAAAUAAAAUAUUUAAACUUAAAAAUGUUAAUUUUAAUACACCAAUCUUUUCAAUUUUGCAAUAUUUUCAACUAAUUUUACUACCUUUGUAACACUAACAAAAAAUACACAAAAACUAUAUUAGCUGCACAGGAUUUCUUCUGCCUCAGUCUCUAAUAUGGCUCGGCAUACCACAGGUCUUGUUUUCAAACCUAGCAUCUGAACUCUAAAUUAGAGUUGCCAGAUUUAACAAACAAAAAUACAUGGCGCCCAGUUAAACUUUAAUUUCAGAUGAACAACCAAUAAUUUUGCACUAGAGAUACUACAAAAUUAUUCGUUGCCCAUGUGAACUUCAAAUUUAGCUGGGCAUCCUGUAUAUUAUCUUCCAAACCUAAACAUCGUUAUUUCACACGGGGGAGAAAGCUGCCUGCCUGCUCCUGGGCCCACUAAGGCCGUCUCCACACCCUGGCCGCUGGUUAUGCAGAGGUGACGGGGGCUCCCAGGGGCAGUCGCGUGGCUUCGAGUCUCGCUGAGCGGCCUGUGGGCAUGUUCAAUCCUUCGGCUGGGGAAGACUGAGAACACCUUUCGGUUCCCACAACCCUCCCCGCAGCCUUCGCUCCAGCACACUGGCCUACUCAGGUGUUUGUGCUUGCUGGUCCCUCUGCCUGAAAAGUUCCUCCCCAGCGUGGUCAGCGAGUUUCUAUCCUCAUUCCGUUCAGUCUGACCAAGCCCCAUCUUAGACACCUCAUCAUACUGGCCUUUCAAAACUUCCUUGAACAUCUGCAUCCUCAUUCCCGCCCCCUGCUCUGCUUUCUUCCUAGCACACACCGCCACCGUAACAUGACAUUCUUAUUUAUGUAUUAGGUUUUGACUCAACUUGAACGGAAGUCCCCUGAGGGAAGGAAAUUUAUUUUCCCACGUCUCUAUUCGCUUUUCUACCAGCGAGUCUUCCCUCAAGCUAAGUACCCGGAUGGGGCGGGUCCUGUGGGUAGUCUUAGGGAAGGGGCGGGGCUUUUGCGGAAAGGGUGGGGCCAGAGGUUUCUGGAAAGGCAUUGAUCCUGAGGUGCUUGUUCCGCAGUUGAGGAGUGUUUACUUCCAGGCUCACAUCAUUGCACAGGUUUUUCCCUACAGAGGAGGAUGUAAUUGGGGCUGCUAAGGCUCUGCUGCUUCUUCAGCGCACGUACAGACUGGAUCUGACGGCUCUUUCCAGGGGAGUCCUGCCAGGAACCAAGUAUCGUUCUACCUUGAGUGUUGGUGAUUGCUUCAGGCUGGGCCAGACAGCCCUCAGCAUCAGUGACCUUCACCAUUCAAUGCUUUGGAUGCAGCAAGUGCUAAAGCAACUGAAUGCAGGGGAGUAUAGCACUGUCUCCAAGGUUCAAGUCCUGAACCAUCUCAGUGAUAUCAGCUUCCGGCUUGGGGACCUGUACAGGGCAGUGGACUUCACCCAUCAGCUGCUUUCUCUUGACUCCUCUCAUAAACAAUCCCAGUUGAAUCUGCCGUACUUUGUGAAGUUGUUGGAGGAAGAAAGGGCAGGAAACCUUGGGAAUGAAGAAUCAGAGACCAAGCAGGAGACACUGAACAGUUCUCCUCAGGAUACUCUUGAUUAUAAGCAAACCCUCGAGAGCUAUGAAAGCCUCUGCCACGGAGAGGGUAUCAAACUCACACCACAGAGGCGGAAGAGGCUUUUCUGUAGGUUACAUUAUGGCAACAGGACGCCCCAGCUGGUCAUCGCCCCCUUCAAAGAGGAGGAUGAAUGGGACAGCCCACACAUUGUCAGGUUCUACGAUGUCAUGUCUGACGAGGAAAUCAGGAAGAUCAAGGAGAUUGCAAAACCCAAAAUGAAACGAUGCAGAGUUUUUAGCCUCACUUCAGGUUCUCCCCAGGCAUCCAGACAAAGAAUCAGCCAAAGUGUAUUUCUAACUGAAGAAGAAGACCCUGUGAUUGGCCAAGUGAAUCACAGGAUUCGGCUCAUCACUGGGCUGUCAGAUGAAACAGCCGAAUUUCUCCAGGUUGCUGAUUAUGGCAUUGGAGGAUACUAUGAACCUCAUGUGGAUUAUUUUUUGGACUUUGACAGUGACCCUUUGGAAUUUAUUGUGAUGGGGAAUCGCGUGGCCACAUUCAUGAACUAUCCUUUGGCGAUCUUGAGAAAGAAGAAUGGAACUGGAGGAAUCAACCUACGUAAACAUGUGCUCAUGUUCCACCUCUUAAGUGUUGGCACCUGA